UUUCCCUUGGCUGGAAUUGGCGAGAAGCUACUUGGCGAAUAUAUCGGGUACAUUUCAUCAGUUACUUGUAAAACUUCGAAGAGUACAGUCGCAUUAUUACACAGUGUCUUAUCACUAAUUAAACAACCGCGAUUAUUAUUGUUAGUUCAAAUAUUUGUUUUGUAGAACCACCAGUGACGUUUGGCAGAUUAUUACAGCAAAAUUAUGGCGUCAGUGGGAAUAAAUAGUUUCAUGAAUUCCUUCAAUAAUAGACUGGAAGCUCCAGUACAGCAACAUCUAAAAAAUGUAUACGCCUGCCUGGCGAUGUCCACCCUGGCCGCAGGCGUUGGAGCAUCGGUCCACCUGUUCACGAACAUCCUACAGGCGGGUUUUCUCUCGGCCAUCGGAGCCCUAGUGUUCUUCUUCCUCUUGCUGUCGACCCCGGAAGACAACGGCAAAGGGAUGACCAAAAGGGUGGGUUACCUCCUCGGUUUCUCCGCCUUAACUGGCGUUGGCAUGGGCCCAUUAUUGGAAGCGGUUAUGAUCGUCGAUCCAAGCAUCAUUAUCACCGCCUUCAUUGCCACCAGCGUUGUCUUCGUAUCGUUCACGAUCUGCGCCAUAUUUUCUGAUAGAGGAAAAUGGUUGUACUUGGGAGGGAUUUUGUUCACGAUGUUAAACAGUUUGAUUCUGAUGAGUUUGGCCAAUAUCUUCUUUGGAUCGACUUUGCUGUGGAACGCUCAGAUCUACGUCGGGCUGUUGGCCAUGUGCGGAUUUGUCUUGUAUGACACUCAGGCAAUUAUUGAGAAGAGGAGGAUGGGCAGCAAGGACUUCGUAGGCCACUCUUUGGAUUUGUUCGUUGACUUUAUUGGAAUAUUUAAGAGAUUGCUGAUCAUCCUGACCCAGAAGGUAAUUUCGGAUAGGAACAGGAACAACAGAAGAAGAGAAGAAACUGAUUAAAUUGACUGAACUGCAUCCUUAUUAUUAUUUCUUAUAAAUUACGUUCUGUAGGAAUAUCAUCGAGAUAAGAGUCGUUUAUUUUUUUAAUUUCAUUUCCUUUCAACAAUGUAAAAUCUUGAUAAUAUAAUGUAAAUAUCUCGUGAUUUAUUGUUUUGUUAUACGGACAGGAUGACUUACGCAAAUCGGCAAGAUUAUUCGGUGAUACGUACUGGAACGUUGGUUGGUUUCUCAUAUUUAUAUAAGUUAGCCAGUAAGUUUAGGAUUAAGUGAUUUUUUUUUUGGAUAAAAGGUUUAUUUAAAUAAAAUAUUUUGUUUUUUAUAA